CACAGCCUACAGGCUACUAUAGUACAGGCCACAGGUAAAAAGAAGACACAGACUCAGUGUUCCUGGACAAGACAGCGGACAGCUUGGCUCUGAGUCUGUGUGCCCCAGCCUUCUCGAGUAGACUCGUUGGGUGUUGGAGAGUUCUGUGUUGUCCAGUGCUUCCGAAUCACUCACUCGGGAGAGUUUAUUUGAAGAGAUGGCAACGCCGGGGGCAGGGGGCAAUCUGCAAGCGAAACUGGUGCUCUUGGGCGACAUGGGCGCUGGAAAGUCCAGUCUUGUGCUGCGCUUCGUGAAGGGCCAAUUCUUUGAUUACCAGGAGUCCACAAUCGGGGCUGCAUUUCUGACCCAGACAGUAGCCGUCAAUGACGUGACCGUGAAGUUUGAGAUCUGGGAUACAGCCGGCCAGGAGCGUUACCACAGCCUGGCGCCCAUGUACUACCGAGGGGCCGCAGCGGCGAUCGUGGUGUAUGACAUCACAAAUACGGAAUCGUUCACACGAGCAAAGAACUGGGUUCGCGAGUUGCAGAGACAAGGGAACCCCAAUCUGGUGAUUGCGUUGGCUGGCAACAAAGCGGAUCUGGCCUCGAAGAGAAAAGUGGAGACGGAGGAGGGACAGAGCUAUGCUGACGAGAACGGCCUCUUCUUCAUCGAGACGUCCGCCAAGUCCGCUCAGAACGUCAACGAGGUCUUCUACGAGAUUGCCCGAAAGCUCCCCAAGGCGGCCCCCGCACCCCAACCGCAAGGCCUGAACCUGAACGCACAAGGCAGGACGCAGCCCAAGAGAUCCUGCUGCAGUACGUCCUGACCGAGCUGGCGUCCGAGAAACAUUUCCCAACCGUUCGUUGCCGCGAGCGUGUGCGGUUCUAAGUAGCGCUUGUAAGAUACAUAUGAUACUUGCAGUUUAGUGAAGUUGCGAUGUAAGAUAUAUGCCACUUGUGAAUAUCGAUAAAGCUGCCGCAAUGCUGCCCUUUCUGGUGACGCGGAUUCUGAAUUUGGUAUGUAAAAGACAAGCCUCAGAAACAUGACAAGUAUUUCCAAUGGAAACUAAGCUACUUGCUUGCGAUUGGCGGCUCACAUCUCAGCACCUCA